GGUGCGUCCUGAGUGAAUUGGGCAAUGAGCAGACCAGAAUCUUACCCUGAAAGCUCCUUUAAACUCGUAUUUUUAACUCGCCCUUAAAAUAAGUUGCUCUUUUAUCUUAGAAAAGUGGCUUUGAGCCUGAAGAAGGGAACCGAGGCACUUCAGAAAGGUCUGUUAACUUCCCCAGGGUCUAUAUUAGACUUCUGAGUCACAGAGGUUUUGCAUAGCUGGUGUUGGGUUACCCACCAUGUAUGGCCUCUUCGUCAGGGAUAUCAGUAUCUGUAUUAUAAGUGCUAUCUAUUCUUAGAUGACACUUCGGCUGGACUCACCAGAGCCCGGGACUUUCCUGGCGUAAAGGAGAGAUAAGAUGUCUUUCGGUGUCACUCUUAAUGGAUCUGGACCAUGGGGAUUCCGUCUGCAAGGAGGGAAGGACUUCAACAUGCCUUUGACCAUCUCCAGGAUCACCCCUGGCAGCAAGGCAGCCCAAUCUCAGAUGACUCAGGGGGAUAUGGUGAUAGCAAUUGAUGGCGUCAACACAGAUGGCAUGACCCACCUAGAGGCCCAGAAUCUGAUCAAAUCAGCAAACUACAACCUGAAUCUCACUCUUCAAAAAUCAAAACGUCCAGUUCCAAUGCAAACAAGCAUCCCGAGGAUCGAUUCUCCCAUGCCCGUGAUCCCUCAUCAAAAGGUCGUAACCAAUCCUAUGACCAACACGGAGUAUGUGGAACGUUUCAACCCCAAUGUCCUGAAGGAUUCUGCGCUGUCCACGCAUAAACCCAUAGAGGUGAAAGGCCCUGGGGGCAAAGCCACCAUCAUUCAUGCCCAAUAUAACACACCCAUCAGCAUGUAUUCUCAAGAUGCUAUCAUGGACGCCAUUGCAGGCCAAGCUCAGGCCCAGGGUGGUGAACUUGCUGGUAACCUUCCUGUUAAAGAUCCUCAUGUAGACAGUGCGUCUCCAGUCUAUCAGGCUGUGCUUAAAACUCAAAACAAGUCUGAAGAAGAUCUGGAUGAUUGGAGCCGCCGGUCUUCAAACUUGCAGUCAAAGUCCUUCCGGGUCCUUGCUCAGAUGACAGGAACUGAGUACAUGCAAGAUCCAGAUGAAGAUGCCUUGAGAAGAUCAAGUGGCAAGAAACAUGUUGCUGUGGCGACUGAAAACAGUACCCCUGUUGAGCAUGAGCCUGUGUCUAUCAGCUGCGCUCCUCCUGCUAUGCCUGCUGCUUCGGCCAGUCCGUCUUCUGCUGCUGCUGCUGCUUCUUCUUCUUCUCACAGUGGUGCCCAUCGGAUGACGCUGCUGCCAGCUUCUGCUUCAUCUGGGGCUUAUGAUUCCAUCUCAUCCUCCUGCCAAAGCUUCCACCAUCAAGCUGCGACUUCCACCUCCUACCAGUCCCAAAAGAGAACCUACACCUCAGCCCCAGCUCCCCAUGGGCCAGCUCCCCAUGGACCAGCUUCCCAUGGACCAGCUCACCAUGGACCAGCUUCCCAUGGACCAGCUCACCAUGGACCAGCUCCUUACACUGGCUACAGUGAAGCCCCAGCACCUGCUCCGAAGCCAAGAGUUGUGACCACUGCAAGCAUAAAGCCCUCGGUCUAUCAGCCAGCAGCUCCAGCACCCGCCCCACCAUCGGUGUCCACACAUACCUAUAUUCCAAGCCAACCUGAGCCUGCAAGUCGUCCCCCCUGGGUGACGGAUGAUUCCUUCUCCCAAAAGUUUGCUCCUGGGAAAAGUACAACCACCGUCACCAAGCACAUUCUGCCAAAGGGUGCUCCGGUGCCUCCAUCUUCUGCUCCACCUCCCUCAAUUCCUGCGUCCAUCCAGGCUCCUGCCAUUGCACGGGGAACCAUCCAAAGAGCAGAACGCUGCCCCGCCGGUAGCCGAACUCCGCUCUGUGGACAUUGUAACAGCAUCAUCAGAGGGCCGUUCUUGGUAGCCAUGGGUCGCUCUUGGCACCCUGAGGAAUUCUACUGUGCUUAUUGCAAGACCUCUCUGGCUGAUGUGGGGUUUGUUGAAGAACAGAACAGCGUCUACUGUGAGCAUUGCUACGAACAGUUCUUUGCCCCGACCUGUGCCAGAUGCCAUGCCAAGAUCAUGGGGGAAGUGAUGCAUGCUUUGAGGCAAACUUGGCACACCACUUGCUUUGUCUGCGCUGCCUGUCGGAAGCCGUUUGGAAACAGCCUCUUCCACAUGGAGGAUGGAGAACCCUACUGUGAGAAAGAUUAUGUUGCCUUGUUCAGCACCAAAUGUCAUGGAUGCGACUUCCCCGUUGAGGCUGGAGACAAAUUCAUUGAAGCCCUUGGUCACACCUGGCAUGAUACAUGCUUCAUUUGUGCUGUCUGCCAUGUCAAUUUGGAAGGUCAACCAUUUUAUUCGAAGAAAGACAAACCUCUGUGCAAGAAACAUGCCCACGCCAUCAACGUCUAAAGAAAGAUCCAGAAGGGAAUAACGAAGUCAAAAAGUGUGGAGGUUGAUUCAACAGAUUAAAUAUAGAUCACUGUGGAUGUUGGAAGAUAGGGAAGGGGAAGGGGAGGUCACAAAUUAUGGACACUUUGAAUUAUGCUUUUGUGUGUGCAGAGAUUUGGUGUACAAAAGAGUGAAUAGCUUGACAGCCAACUUGGGCUGCAAAUGCUUGAGCAAAAUGAACAAAAUAACAGGGCAGUUUCCAUGUAAGCAUAUUGACCAGGAUAGGUUUACCUUAGUAGAACACAUUAACAUUAUUGUUAAAAUAAACAAAUAGAAUCCUUUCUUAGAAUUAUAAUACAGCUCAAAAGUGCCAAAUUACGCAAAGUAACGUAGAGUCAGAGUCCAUUGUGAUGAGUCAAUUAAGUAUUCCUUACCAAGCCAACAGAGAGAUAUUCCAUUGUUACAUGUCGUGACUCUUCUUCACACUUACUUAGAUGUGGCAUAACUUUUAGGUUUAAAAAAAAAAUUGUAGGCCAGAUAGAAUUUACUAAAAACACGCCAUGGACGGAACCCAAUCAAAGCUUGAAUCCAAACACAACUAAAAACACCUCUGGUAAUUCUCCCUAAUUACCAGGUUUUCUUGUAUAUAGGUGUGGUUUUCCUGGAUUUAAAAAAAAUGUGCUUUUUUUCCCCAAGCUGGUAAACUUUGGGGAUAAUAUCAGAUACUCCCCGAUAACCGUGAAUGGCUCUUCCUAAGUCUCAUUCCUAGAUUGGCUACAUCCCCCUAGAGUAGAACUGUUAGAGAAUGAUUUUCAAAGGACUCCGGAUGUGUGUGGACCUUGAGCUUCUGAUCGUUGGUAGAGAGGUUGGGCAAAACGAUAAGAAGGAUUGCAUGGAAGAGUGAAGAGUUAACUCAAGAGUAUCAGUUGUCCUCCAUCUGCUACUGUGGAAGGCAGGAGAACAGUGGUGGUAUUCAAAUUUUUUUACUACCGGUUCUGUGGGCGUGGCUUGGUGGGUGUGGCUUGGUGGGUGUGGCAGGGGAAGGAUGCUGUAAAAUCCUCAUUUCCACCCCACUCCAGGUGAAGGAUACUGUAAAAUCCCUCUUCCCUUCCCUACCCACCCCACUAACCUGCUUUCCAGCUCCGCUCUCCUGUGCAUGGCAACAAAAGAAGAUCCAGCCAAUCAGCUGUGACUCAAUGGGAGGCAGAGAAUAGAUGGGGGCGGGGCCAGUCAGAAGUGUUAUUUGUUGGUUUUCUGAACUACUCAACAUUUCCUCUACCAGUACCUGUCAGAACUAGCUGAAUACCACCUCUGGAGGAAAAAGUGUUGAGUUGUAUGUUCACUGUGCCAUUGUCACCUCAAUAUCAAGCCAACUAACCAAGGGGGAAACACUUAUGUAAGAAAUUUCCCCAAGGAUGAGACCCUCCAACUUGGUUGAGAUUACUUGUAGUAGAAGCAGUAAUCUUUGGAUAUCUGGAAGUCAAACCUUUGCUUUCCAUCUGUGACUCUUUGCCAACUGAUGGACGAGGAUUUGGCUGGAUAGUCCAUCAGGAACCCUUACUUUGAGUUCUUGAACACUCUUACUCGUAAUAGCAGUAAUAGGGAAGGCAGUUAUUUCUUUUUGUUGAUGGUUGGGGAAAGCUAUUGCAGUUGCAAAAGAAGAUAUAGAGACGGGAGGGGAUAUCCAGAUUUUUUAUUAUUAUUAUUAUUUCCUUGAUAUCAAGAAUGUGACAUUUUGUUUGGUUAAAUCUGGUGCCAUUCACCAGACAGACCUUCAAUGAGAGACUGCCAAUUCUUUAAAGACGGUGUCUCUAAAAGCAGAGGUCCCCAAAGUUGGUAACUUUAAGACUGGUGGACUUCGAUUCUCAGAAUUCUGGGAGUUGAUGUUCACAAGUCUUAAAAUUGCCAAGUUUGGAGACUUCUGCUGUAAAGUGUGCUUGUGUUUGCUGCUACAAAAAAAAGAAGCCUGCAAUACCUUGAGUAAUUUUCCUUUCUUUUUUUUCUUUUUUCUUUUUUAAAGUUUUUGAACAAAUGCUAUUUAGCAUUUUUGCAAGUAUUUACUUUUUGAAGCUUUUGUCCUCUUGCGUUGGGCAGCCUGUAUUUAUUCUGGCUGGCAUUUUGAGUAUUUAAUCCUUUAAGCAUCAGGUAAUUGUUUAUAUGGUGAAGCCACUGGCUUAUAUCUGCUCAGAUAACCAUCCUAAAUUUAGACUUGCUCUAUGUCAACAUUGUUUGGCACUCAUUUGAAUGGGCAACACUGUCAUAAAGAUAAAAGCCGUUUACUCCAGUAGAAUAUGAUUUCUUAUUGAAAACAAUGUACAAUAUUUAUUAUUCAUUUGCGGGGGGAAAACAAGAGGGAAGAAGAAGGCAGCUUGAUUUUCAUAAUGUUUGCUGUUUGACUGGAAUCCGGACCUCAUUCAGGCUCAAAGCUAAAAUAAAAGCUUAUAACCACGGCUUCUUCUCUUAAGUUCUAUGCUUUAUUUUAAGAUCCCUUUUGGAUCCCAUGGAAGAAUAAAAUAUGCUUUCUUGAUGCACUGGCACUAACUAGAUUUUAAAAAAUGCUUAACCAGGACUGAGUCUUCUUUUGUCUUCUGCAAAGAAUGGAACACACAUCGUACAAUAUUUAUUUUUCUGCAUAUAACAUUUUUUUCAGUCCCUGCCUUGGAUAGUGAAGCAAAUCUGAACUCUUGUUUAUGCAUAUCUGUAGCACUUUAACUCUUGCUUGUCUUGUCAAGGAAGGAAUGUAACAAGGAAGGCACAAAUUCAGAAUUAUUCAGAAGUCAUUCAGAAUUAUUCUUAAAUGAUUCUGCAGCAUUUCGGCCAACCUUUUAAUUUUUCUGAAAGACAAGCUUUCGUAUUCUUACAUUUCCAAGAUAGUAACUUAGUGCAAAAUGCAAUCGCCAGUGGUAGCAUAGCUCCCUAUAAUCCAAGGAGUCAACAGAGUACAGAGAUAGAUUCUAAUUCAAAUUAUCUUCAGCUGGUUAAGUCCACCAGUAACUCCAAGAGGGAAUUCCAUUUAUGGCAUCCAGCAGAAGGAUGGUCAGAUUCAGCUGUGGAUGGUGAGCUUCACGCACAAAGAUAGCACAACAUUAUUCAUUGAAAACAUUCAUGCAUGGCAUUAAGCCGUAAAAGGGAUUUGCUUUAGUUUAAUACAUCUCGUGGUGGGAACCAUUGUGUCUAUUCCUUUCUUAUUUAUUCACUAAGCCAUGGUAAAAGAGCAAUGGCAUAGCCCAGCAUUGGAUUAGUCCAUCAACAAAUUUUAGGGAUUAUUCUGAUGGUGUAGAUGUUUGCUAUCUCCUUUGGGAUAGACCCAUUGCUAAUACCAUUCAACCUGGAAGAAGAGAAAGCAGAUAUGGAACUGUGUAACCACUCAAUCCUCUUUGAGGGGCAAGCACUCCAAAGCAGUAUUCCCUUACUUUGGACCGUUUCGAAGCACUGUUCUAAAGAAAGGGAUCAAUGAUUUAAAGAUCUUAUAUGAUAUAUUUUCACUGCCAGAGUA